CCAUCAGCUAUUAGAAAGCGUAACUUACAUGCACCACUAUGCCAUUGUGCACAGGGACUUGAAGUCAUUGCAUCCAGCAGAUCCUGGAGGCUGUUCUCCAUUGCCACCAAAUGGGGGUCGUCCACAGAGACCUCAAGCCGGAGAACCUGCUCCUGGCCAGCAAGUGCAAAGGCGCGGCGGUGAAGCUGGCGGAUUUUGGCCUGGCCAUCGAGGUGCAGGGGGAUCAGCAGGCUUGGUUUGGCUUCGCCGGCACCCCCGGUUACCUCUCGCCCGAAGUGCUGCGCAAAGAAGCGUACGGCAAACCCGUGGAUAUCUGGGCAUGUGGUGUGAUCCUUUACAUCCUGCUAGUCGGUUACCCUCCCUUCUGGGACGAGGACCAGCACAAACUGUACCAACAGAUCAAGGCUGGUGCCUACGACUUCCCUUCUCCCGAGUGGGACACGGUCACCCCCGAAGCCAAAAACCUCAUCAACCAGAUGUUAACCAUCAACCCGGCCAAAAGAAUCACAGCCCACGAAGCCCUGAAACACCCAUGGGUCUGCCAACGUUCCACCGUGGCCUCCAUGAUGCACAGGCAGGAGACCGUAGAGUGUCUGAAAAAGUUCAACGCCAGGAGGAAGCUCAAGGGGGCGAUUCUCACCACCAUGCUGGCCACGAGGAACUUUUCAGUCGGCAGACAGACCACCGCUCCCGCCACAAUGUCUGCAGCCGCCUCCGGUGCCACCAUGGGGUUGGUGGAACAAGCUAAGAGCUUACUGAACAAGAAGGUCGAUGUUGGCAAGCCGCAGACGAACAGCAGCAAAGGCAGCGCCGGGGUCACCAGCCCGAAAGGAACUCUCCCUCCGGCUGCACUGGAGCCUCAAACCACCGUUAUCCAUAACCCCGCGGACGGCAUUAAGGAAUCGUCCGACAGCACCAACACCACCAUAGAGGAUGAGGACACGAAAGCUGCCAGGUUCUCUGACAUUUUAUUCACGGUGAGCAGGGGCUCCGGGCCCCCGGACGCCGAAGGGCUGCAACCUGCCACCAGCCAGCCCUGCCCAUCUCCAGCUGUCACAAACCCUCCGCCUCCCCAGCCCACCAAGUUCUCUGACAUUUUAAGCACGGUGAGGAAGGGCUCCGGGCCCCCGGACGCUGAGGGGCCGCGGCCUGCCGGGAGCCAGCCCUGCCCAUCUCCAGCCGUGGCGAACCCUCUUGUUCCCCAGCCCCGCAAGCAGGAAAUCAUCAAGAUCACCGAGCAGCUGAUUGAGGCCGUGAACAACGGGGACUUCGAGGCCUACGCGAAGAUCUGCGACCCAGGCCUGACGUCAUUCGAACCCGAAGCCCUGGGCAACCUGGUCGAGGGGAUGGACUUCCACAGAUUCUAUUUCGAAAACUUGUUAUCCAAAAACAACAAGCCCAUCCACACGACCAUCCUGAACCCCCACGUGCACGUGAUCGGGGAGGACGCCGCCUGCAUCGCCUACAUCCGCCUGACGCAGUACAUCGACGGGCAGGGCCGUCCCCGCACCAGCCAGUCCGAGGAGACCCGCGUCUGGCACCGCCGCGACGGCAAGUGGCAGAACGUCCACUUCCACUGCUCGGGGGCGCCCGUGGCACCGCUGCAGUGAAGAGCUACCGCUGGCUGUUUUGGUUUCAUCCCGAAGGAGAUGGUGAUUUGAGCUGAGCCGCUAGCCGGGAGCAGCGGUGCCAAGCACGCGCCCGCAUGCACGUGUCCCCCCUCCCCCUGCCCGUUUCCAGUGCCUGUGUUUGCAGAAAAAUACCAACAACAAAAAAAAAACCAACAACAACAAAAAAAAAACCAACCCCACCCCGAGCCCAGCCCGGCCGUGACCUCUCCAGACCCAGCCGUCCCCCUCCCUGCCCCCCCAUGUCCAUCCAGCCAGGUGAGCAGGUGUUGCGAUGAAACUGUUCCGACUCUGAUACAAACCUUCCUUCCAAAGCCCCGCGCCGCCCGCCCCCCGCGCUGCCUGCCCCCGCACUGAGCAGCGCUCCGCCGAGACGACUUGCAUUCUCUGUCGAAGCAUGGACCUUCCCCGUGGUCGUGUCCCGUGGUUGUGUUUGCGCUUGGACAUCUGUGACCUGUUUUUCGAACCGUUCCUCGACAGCGGACUCUGCUCCCGAGCGCUCGGGCUUCCCCGGAUCUUCCCCUUCUAGUUGUGCUUGUGGAUUGUUCUGAUGACGAUGACAUUACUAUUCUUC